AGCUCCAGGGAAGGCAGAGGGGCCAGGGGCUCCUGGCUCGAUUCGGGGUGCUCCUCUUUCCCCUCCUUUUGGAUCCGAGAUUGCAGCCGUCACCUAGGUCAAGAUCAAGGAACCCUGCUGGACCUGGCCAUGUUGUUUUUGAGCUGGCUGCUUCUCCUUGGGUCCACCUUUCAUCAAGGCCUGAGUUCCUGGGAGGUGACCAGCCCUGAAAAUGUUCAGGGUGUCAGUGGCUCCUGUCUGGUCAUCCCCUGCACUUUUAGCUUCCCUAGAGAUGUGAAAACAAAUCAAGGCAUCAUUGCCAUCUGGUACCGUGGCUACUCAGACGCUGACAAAAAGGUGGUGGUAAGCCAUUCCCAAAACCCAACCCUGGUGGGGAAGAGUUUCCAAGGCCGGACUCAGCUGCUGGGGGACCCUGAGCAGAAGACCUGCAAUCUUCUCAUACGGAAGCUCAGUCCUGAUGACAAUGGGGACUACACCUUUCGAUUCGAGAUCGUUGGAGCGGACAGCUGGUCUGCCAAGAAGAGCACUGCAGUGAAGGUUACUGACGAACCCAGCAUCCCUACCAUUGCCUCCCCUGCUCAUCUUCGGGAAGGCACACAAGUCAUCUUCAACUGUUCGACCCCCUACGUGUGUCCCGAGGAUGGGACGCCCCUCUCCUGGCAUGGUCAGGAUCCUGUCCACUCCAAUACCAGCCAGCUCCAGGUACUGGCGCCCACUGGUGUCACCUACCAACAAAGCCUCAGAAUUGCCUUAUCCUGGCGUGACCAUGGCCGGAUGCUGACUUGCCAGUUCUCUGCUGCCGGGAAGAAAAGCCACGGGCAGAUCCACCUUCAGGUGCAAUAUGCCCCCAGAGGAGUGGAGGUCUCUCUAAGGCCCUCCCAGCAGAACAUCCACCUGGGAGAUUCCUUUGCCCUCACCUGUCACAUCAAUGGCAGCCAUCCUGAGCCCACUGCCUUCAGGUGGUUUAAAGAUGGUGUACUCUACAAUGCCAAUCAAAAAGUGCUCCAGGUGAGCAAGGCCACAUGGGAGGACCACGGGAGCUACUCCUGUGAGGCAGACAAUGCGGUGGGCACCGGGGCAGCUGGCCCCAUCACUGUCCCCAUCUUUGAUCCUCUGAUCCGAGUGCAGCCACCUGGGAUCAUCCGGGAAGGGCAGGCGGUGACUCUCGCCUGUGCCCUGCCUGGGGGGGAGCAGCAGAACAUCUCCUACAGCUGGUUCAAGAACAAUGCGUGGAUCGAGGGCUUGGCGGCCCAGGCCCUGGUGUAUGCUCGGGUCAGCAGCGCCCACACCGGCUUCUACUUCUGCCAGGUGCAGAAUUCCAAGGGCGUCCAGGCCUCCCCGCCGGUCAGCCUCGUGGUCACCUAUCCACCCAGGGUCCCUGUGCUUACCUCCUUUCUGGAAACACAGAGGGGCCAGAGAGCCAUCAUCCAUUGCUCUGUGGACAGUGAGCCCCAGGCCAACCUGACCCUUCGGCAUGGUGACCAGCUGCUGGCCUCCUCCAAUUCCCAGGAUGCACCCAGUCAACGCUUCAGUGUCUCCAGUGGCCACAACUCCCUGCGUUUGACUAUUCAAGGAUUGGAAGCUGAUGAUGGUGGGGAUUACCAGUGUGAGGCCACAAAUGCCCUCGGGAAGGCCACCUCCAACCAUGACCUCAAGGCUAACACAGCCUGGGUUGGAAUCGAUCCCACUGCCGAGGUGGUAGAGGGCGAGGAAGUGACGCUGAACUGUGUGGCUGCCCAGGGUGACCAGCCCUAUGCCCUCUACACCUGGUACCGAAAUGGAGAGUGGCUGAAGGAUGGACCUCUGAGCUUCCUCACCUUUCCCAAGGUGCUCAGUGCCAAUGCAGGUUCCUACCACUGCCGGGCCCAGGACAGCCUGGGCAGCAGCCGGACCUCACCUCCUGCUGCCCUUACGGUUCUCUACCCCCCACGCAAACCCACGCUUACUGCCUUGGUCGACGUGGAGGCUGGUAGGUUGGGCCUCCUCUUCUGCAGAGUGGACAGUGACCCACCGGCUGAUCUGAGGCUGCUCCGAGGAGACCAGCUUGUGGCCACCUCUCUGGGUGGGUGUGGAUGUGGGCAGCACUAUCCCCGGGCUCAGGCAGCCUCCAGUCCCAAUUCCCUUCGUGUGGAGAUCCGUGAUGUGGUGCUGGAGGAUGAAGGGGUGUACACAUGUGAGGCCACCAAUACCCUUGGCAAUUCCACGGCUUCCGUGGCCUUUGAGGCCCAGAGUACCCGUCUGGUCAUCCUUCCAUCAGCUACCGUGAAGGAGGGUGACGAGGCCAAUCUGACCUGUGUUGUGAGCCGGGAGUCAAACAACAGUACUAUGAGCUUCACUUGGUACCGGGAUGGGGCCGAGUGGGACCAGAGGUCACAGGAAGCUGUGAUUCUUCAACCUGUGGUUAGGACAGAUGCUGCCCUUUACUCCUGCCAUGUUGGUACUGAAAUAGGGGAGAGGCGCUCCCCUGCAGUGGCCCUGCAUGUGCUGUAUCCUCCAGAUUCCCCCCAGCUCUCUGCCUUCCUAGACACCACCGAGGGCCGAGUGGCCGUGUUCCUCUGCACCGUUGACAGCAGUCCCCCUGCAUCAAUCACCCUGUUCCAUGGUGAGCGGCUGCUGGUUUCCAGCCUCGGCUCCAGGGCUUUGGAGGGCAGGCAGCUCUGGGUACAAGCUGGCCCUAACUCCCUGAGGGUGGAAAUCAAGGACCUGAGACUAGAAGACACCGGGAACUACCGAUGCCAGGCCACUAAUGCUCAUGGCUCAGCCUCCACCACGAUUUUUUUUCAAGUUCAUGGUGAGUGUGUCUCUCCUCUCUCCCUUGACCCCCCACGACAGCCUACCCUCACUGCCUUGCUAGAAUUGGAGGCUGGGAGGUUGGGCUUCAUACUGUGCCAAGUGGACAGUGAUCCCCAGGCCCAGUUGAGGCUGCUGAGGGGAAGCCAGCUCCUAGCCUCCUCCCAGGGCAGGGUUGGAGUUGACUCUCCCCGAGUUACUCGGGCCUUCAAUGUCCUCCGUGUGGAGAUCCCGAAUGUGGUACUGGAGGAUGAAGGAGAGUACACCUGCGAAGCCAGCAAUGUCCUUGGGAAUGCCACAGCUUCUGUGGCCUUCAGUGCCGAAACCGUGGUAGUCCAGGUGCUGCCCUCGCCGACCGUUCAGGAGGGCCAGGCCGUGAACUUGACUUGCGUGGUCUUGGCUGCCGACGUCACCCAGCUCAACUACACGUGGUACCGGAACGGGCAGUGGAUGGGUGGAGGCCCUGGCUCCUCCUCCAUCUUCCUCCCCAGUGUCUCUGCUGCUGAUGCCACCUCUUACCGCUGUGCUGUGGACACUCACGAGGGAGGCACGCGCCUCUCCUCCCCUAAGAGCCUCACUGUUCUCUACCCUCCCCGGGCACUGCGUCUGACAUCUCUGCUCGAGAGCCGGGCAGGACAGCCGGCCGUGUUGUUGUGCACUGUGGACAGCCAGCCUCCAGCCACACUGGCUUUGAGCUGGGCUGGUCAACUCCUGGCCUCCUCUUCCCUUGGGCAAGCCAGGCUGGGGGCUUCCUCCACCCCUAAUACCCUUCGCCUUGAGCUCCAGGAGCAAAAGGCCCUCCAGAGUGGCCUCUACACCUGUUCUGCUGAGAACUCUCUGGGCCAGGCUAACACUUCCUUGGAGCUGCACCUGGAGGUCACCAGAGUGUCCAUAGCCCCGUCCAGCGAGGUGCCCGAGGGCACAGCUGUCAUCCUGAUGUGUGAGGACCCUGCUGCCAACCCCCCCACCGUCUACACCUGGUAUCAUAAUGGUCGCUGGCUCCAGGAGGGGCCCACUCACGUCCUUCAACUCCCUGGCACCAACAGGGCCCACAAUGCUGGUGCCUACUCCUGCACUGCCCGCGAUGCCCGGGGGAUCAGACGUUCCCAGCCUGCCACUCUGCGACACCUAUAUGCCCCUAGGGAUGUGUUCGUGACCUCUUUCUUGGAUACCCGGGCUGGUCGAGUGACUGUGUUGCAGUGCACUGUGGACAGCGAGCCUCCGGCAGAGCUGACCCUGUCCCGGGAUGGCCAGUUGGUGGCUUCUGGCCAGAGUCCCUUGGGGUCACUGGUGGGGAGAAGCCGUGUCCACACCACUCAUAAUACCCUCCGGCUGGAGCUGUGGGAUGUCCGCAAGGAGGAUGAGGGAGACUACCUCUGCUCUGCCCAGAAUACUUUUGGCUCCAUCACUACCACUGGACAGUUGUGGGGAGAAGGUCUUCGCAUCAUGGUGGAGCCAGGCUUGGAAAUUCAUGAAGGAGACUCCCUCAACAUGACCUGUCUGUUGACCAGCCAGGCCCAAGAGAACACCACCUACACAUGGUCCUGGAAUUCCCGAUGGUUGCAAGAGGGUCCGGAGCCCACCCUCAUGUUCUCUCAGGUGUCCAGCAACCAUGCUGGGGUGUACCAAUGUCAUGCUGAGGGGUCCUUGGGGCAUGCCUCCUCAGCCCCCAUUAGCCUCAGAGUGCUAUAUGCACCACGGACACCUGCUGUGACCUCCUUUCUAGAGCUGGAGGCUGGUCUUUGGGGUAUCCUGCAUUGUCAAGUGGAUAGUGAACCCCGGUCUGAGCUGACCUUUUAUCACGGAAGCCAUUUUAUUGCUUCUACCCAUCCCGGAAACCUUCAUUAUUCUCGCAUUCAAGUAACAACCUCCUACAACACCCUGAGGGUGGAUAUCCAGGAUAUGAAUUCUAAAGACCAGGGAGAGUAUGUGUGCUUGGCAUCCAAUGCCCUGGGCACCGCUUCUUCUUCUGUGUACUUUGGAACAAGAGUUCUUGACCACUUGAAUCUGUACCAGCUGCUCUUCAUUGUCUUCAUGGCGCUGUCCUUCGGCCUACUGUUGCUCUUGGGUCUGGGGACCAUUCACAUCUGGAACAGGAAAAGCCUCUUCUAUAAGCUGAAUGCAGAUGAGAACCUGGUAGAGAUGGCUUCCCAGAACAAGAAAGCCCAGGUAGAAGAAACUGAAGUCAAAGAACCUGAAGGCCUUGUCAAGGAGUCAGAGGUGGAUCCCACCAGGUCCAUGAAAAAUGUCCUGAUAAAUUCUGACUUCUCCAGACCAGAUCUGGACUCAUUCCUCUAAACUUCUAACUUCCAGAGGUUCUUGGGCAGUGGCUAGUAGAAAUGUGGGAGGGACAGAGUGUGUUCUCCUCCCGCCCAUUUCUUGUGGAUUGUUGCCUCCAAUGGGGAUUCUGAAGAAGGGUUAAUAAUAUUCCCCCCCCAUCUUAUUCCUCCUUUCCUUCUCCCUUUUCCCUCUUUCUCCUCCAAUACUCCUCCCUCUUCUCUCUCCUCCAUGAUUGUACAUUUCACCUCUUCUAGAAACCCAGGUAGGUCCAAAGAAGCCUUUGAGAACUGAACAUGGUUUUAGCCUCCUGUUUCUUCUUCACCAUGGUAAAAUGGAAAACUAUCAGUUGUGUUUUGGGGUUUGUCCCCUGAGAUAAACCAUCACCAUCAGUAUUGGAGAAGCAGCCUGGACUUGGAGUCAGCAAGUUUGCCUAUGAGGCAGCCAACAUAUUGCCUGUGAGAAUCUUGACAAGUCACUUAAACUCUCUGGGCCUCUGUUUCCUCAUUUGUAAGAUGAGGGCUUUGGACUGGAUGAUCUCUAUGAUCCCUCAGCUCAAUAUAUGUGAUCCUAGGACUGCCACCACUAUGAUGCUCAGAUUUGUCGGAGAUAAAAACUACAAUAUUUUCCCCUUGGACAGAUGGUCUUCCUGUAAUCCCCAUUUCCAUUACUAUCCCAGAACUGUGAUGAAUACCAGAAGGGAAUUUUAGGGACUCUUUUCUUCUCUAGGGUCUAGGGUGAAGGAACAUUCUUAUCCUAACCUCCAUUUCUCCCCUGAGCUCUAUCCCAGCCCCUCUGUUUUUAUCAGAGGCUAUAGUAUUUCCUAAAUAGUCUGCUGAAAGUUCCCUUUGAAACCACUCCAUCCCAUUAACUCUGUUAAUGCCCUAAUCCCCUUAUUUCUAUGAAAGGCCCUAUUCUGGGGUCUUAUGAUUCCUGUAAUGGAGUAGAGGGAAAUUUUAAUGUGGGGAAAAUCACUUCAGAAUAAAAUAUUUUUUUCUACGUC